GACUGGUCCAGUUGUCAGCAUCAUCGUCGUCGUCGUCAUGCAAAAGAAAGCAAAAGACGAACCUUCUCGCGAGAAAGAAUGGAGAUGGAGUCGAGUCAUUCACGACGGGAUCGAUAACGGCAAAUAUCUAUCGCCUUCUGCGAGAAGAUAUUGUGUAUGAAAGACGUCCAAGCUAAUUUAUGUAGUAUAGAGGAAGAGGAUGUCUCCAUUCAUUCCCUCAACUGCCAAUUUCACAAGGUAUCACCUGCUCGUCCAAAUCCCUGGUGACCCUUAUUUGCUCUUAUUCUUGGGAGGGAUUGAAACGUUCCUGGGAGGGAGUAGUUGAGGUGGGAACUACUAAGGAGUACAAAUCAUGUCUGAUAAUACCCAUCGAAUGGAAAGAACCUACUCAAUCCGGAGCCUUUCAAGCAGAGGAGGUUCUGAGAUGAAUAGCAGUUAUUUGGUGGAAUCAGGAUUCUUCGUGUCAUCUUUCGCUGCUACUAUGUUCAUAGGUGCACUGGUAACGGUUGGGAUCUUGUUAAUCAGCUUGCUGAUUGGGUUAGCAGUGAUGUUGCAAUCUUGCGAAAGUAAAAAUUCGGGGGUUGUUCAAAGUCAUAAGUUGAUUGAUAAUCAUAGAAUUUGUGACAUACAUGCUCAGCAUGCAGAGCUCAAUGGCCUGAAAGCACAUAACUGUCCUCCCUUUUGCGGGGAUCUUGCAAAGCAAUACAUCAAAGGAGGUCUCUAUGCUAGAGAAUUAAAUAUCACGAAUGCAGUGAUUCAGAGUUAUCUCGGUGCUGUUACAGCAGUAGAUGGUGGUCUAGAUGUGGUUUUAAUGGAUGCAGAUGACAUUUUAUCGCUGCAUCCACUUAAUGUUGAUCUCUUCACAAACAGAUUUGCCAAUUUUGAUAGUGAGAGCUUUGAAGAGUCAAAUCAUUUAAAGCAAAAUUAUCUCCUUCAAUUGUAUACGAAGUUGCAAGCAGGUGGGUGGACUUUGGUUUUCUUCUCUCGAAAAUCACAAAGAGAACAGAAUGUUGCCAUGGAGAUCAUAUAUUCUGCAGGAUUCAGAAGUUGGUAUUCUUUGAUUAUGAGAUCCGACGAUGAACUGCAAAUUGAUAGCAGAACAUACUUUUCCAGGCGAAGGGAAGCAUUGGAAAAGGAUGGUUUCCGAAUCGCAGGCAUAAUUAGUAGCCACAUGGAUGCUUUAACCGGUCCUUUCUUUGGAAAGUUGAUAUUCAAGAUUCCAAACCCAAUUUGUUACCAGUAUUCUUCGGCACACUGACAUCCAAAAGAAGCAGAUUUGGUUUUGCUCCAUGGUGGAUGAUUGUUUCAAGUCGGUGAUGCGUUGAGCGUCAAUCCCGCUCAACUUAACCAUGCCCAAACUUUUAAUCAGCUCCAGAGUCUUUAUAUGGUGGGUGAUUGCUGAAGUGAUCAAAUUUAGUCUUCGCCACAUAUAAGGAGAGUGGAGCACCUAUCUUCUUCC